AUGGAGAGAAAGGACGACCUAAUGAGUGAGGCCGGAGAGGCUGCCCUCCGGGAGCUGGCUGUCUCGGUCUCCCGCCGGGCCGCACAGAAAGACCUGUUGUCCUUGGGAGGUGGAGACUGUGCCUGGGCCCUAGUCACCAGCAACAUCGGUGGAGACCGGGCCCCGGAAGCCAUGGCGGCAGCAGGCGCCCCGGGGAAGGCGUUCAAGAAAGUCAUCGCCAGGAACGUGAGUGGAUCCGUCAAGUGGUACAACGUGAAGCGCGGGUACGGCUUCAUCAGCAGGCACGACACCGAGGAAGAGGUGUUCGUUCACCACUCGGCCAUCGCCCGGAGCGGCCCUCGCAGGUACCAGCGCGGUGUGGGCACCGGGGAGGUUGUCGAGUUCGACGUGGUGCAGGGCGAGCGCGGCACCGAGGCCGUCAACGUGACCGGGCCAGCUGGCGCCCCGGUGAAGGGCAGCCGCCUCCACCCUGGCGUCAACAUCCACCCUGGCGCGCUGCACCCUAGCCGUGGUUCCAGCGGCAUCAGUGGUGCUGAAGAGGACGUCGUCGUCGACAGCGACAGAGGCAGAGAAGACUUCGCCACAGCCCAGGGCCAGGGGCACCACCUGCCCGGCCACCCCCAAGCCCAGCGACGGCGGCGCUUCCCGCCCUUCCGCAGGUCCCCAGGUGCCACGCGCCGCACUGCCAGCUUCGCUCCCGCCAAUGACUCGCGGGAGGCGUACCAGCCCGCGCCCGCCCCAGAAGCAGGGCCCGAGUGCACACCACCGCGCCGGGGGCACGGCCCCAGCUACCGGAUGAGCCGCCCUAGGGGCCGGGGUGGUCCAAAGCCCUCACCGGACCUCGCCCAGGAGCUGGAGGCAGAACAGGAGGAGGAGAGCACGAGCGACGCCAUCGGCCUGCAGCAGGAGCCCCCGCCCCACUACGCAUCCUGCUGCCCCAACGACCCGCACGGUCUCCAUUGUCCGCAGCAGCCGCCUGACGAACAGGGCCAGAAACCUUCCGAAGAAGGAGAGGGCAAGAUCGUGAAAGGCCCUGCUGGGAAACCCGAUUGCGCCGCCGAGAAGACCGGCGCCUCUGAGGGGGAAGUCGCCUUUGCAAAAGCCCCCUCUGCUGCUCAGGCCCAGUAA